CGCUCUUAGCCCGCGCGCCCGCCAGCCUGCCGGCUCGCCAGCUGCCCGCGCCCGCCGCAGGCCUACAGCCAGUCCCCCGCGGGCCGGGCGACCUGCAACUCGCUCACGCCCCGCCCCGCCCCUGCCCUUCUGCAGGACGAGUAACGAUUACGAGGCACUUUCUUGGCCGCGAUUUCUGCUUAGUCAUUGUCUUCCAGGAAACAGCUACCUCGGUCUGCAGCCAACUCUUCCGCGGAGCCAAAGCCAGCCGCGCUUCUGCCCCGGCCGCUGCUCCGCCACUGUCCGGCCUCCUCCGCCCAAGUGCAGACCGGGCUGCAGCCGCGCGGGGCAGCGGCCUCGCGCUAACCUCUAACUUCUCGGGCCGAACACCUCGUCCUGCCGGCAGUCGACUGUCCGCCCGCCCUCCCACGGUCCCGUCGCCCCUCGGGCAGCCGCUGCCAUGGGCACCAACAGCCGCGCGGCCGGGGCGCUCCUGGCGCGGGCCAGCACCCUACACCUGCAGACCGGGAACCUGCUAAACUGGGGCCGCCUGCGGAAGAAGUGCCCGUCCACGCACAGCGAGGAGCUUCGAGAUUGUAUCCAAAAGACCUUGAAUGAGUGGAGUUCUCAAAUCAGCCCAGAUUUGGUCAAGGAGUUUCCAGAUGUCUUGGAGUGUACUGUAUCUUAUGCAAUAGAGAAGAUAAACCCUGAUGAAAGAGAAGAAAUGAAAGUUUCUGCAAAACUGUUCAUUGUAGGAUCAAAUUCUUCAUCAUCAACUAGAAAUGCAGUUGACAUGGCCUGUUCUGUCCUUGGAGUUGCACAGCUGGAUUCUGUGAUCAUUGCUUCACCUCCUAUUGAAGAUGGAGUGAAUCUUUCCUUGGAGCAUUUACAGCCUUACUGGGAGGAAUUAGAAAACUUAGUCCAAAGCAAGAAAAUUGUUGCUAUAGGUACCUCUGACCUAGACAAAACACAGUUGGAGCAGCUGUAUCAGUGGGCACAGGUAAAACCAAAUAGUAACCAAGUUAAUCUUGCCUCCUGCUGUGUGAUGCCACCUGAUUUGACUGCAUUUGCUAAACAGUUUGACAUACAGCUGUUGACUCAUAAUGAUCCAAAAGAACUGCUUUCUGAAGCAAGUUUCCAAGAAGCUCUUCAGGAAACCAUCCCUGACAUUCAAGCACACGAAUGGGUACCACUGUGGCUGCUGAGGUACUCGGUCAUUGUGAAAAGUAGAGGAAUCAUCAAAUCGAAAGGCUACAUUUUGCAAGCCAAAAGAAGGGGUUCUUAACUACAACUUAGGGUUGAUAACCUGUUGACUUGUAUUUUUCCUGAAUAUGAAGUAAGAUGUGUAAAAAUCUAGCUCUGACCUAUAAAUAGUGUCAUUGAGGCACAUAUUCUUUAGUAUGUUAAAUAGUAUGUUGUCUGUCAUGUUUUGAUUUGUUCUUUUGCCUCCAUAUGAGUCCACUCACAUGAAGCACUGUACUGUUUUUAUUAAACAAUUGUUUUCUAAUUGAAAUUGUCUAUAUAAAGAAAAUACUUGCAAUAUAUUUUUCCUUUAUUUUUAUGACUAAUAGAAAUCAAGAAAAUUUGUUGGUAGAUAUAUUUUGGCCUAGGCAUCAGGAUAAUGUAUAUACAUAUUUUUUAUUUCCAAAAAAAUUCGUUAAUUGCUUCUCACUCUACAAUACAGCAAAGCAAUUUAAUUUCAAUUAAAACUGAAAUACUAGAAGAUAUUUUUUUCUGUCUUUGAUAAAAUAAUUAUCUCUCAGAGUAACUGGAGUAGCUGGGGUCUAGUAGUAUAAAUAAAAUUUACUUCAAUACAUGGAUAGAAACAUAUUUUUUAUAUGAUCUUGCUUGUAGUUUCGAUAUGAUUUAACCAUGUAUUCUUGUGCCAUAUUUUCCUCUUCCUAUUUACAAAAACCAAAGUAAGUCUGAAGCCUAGUUUUAAAAUUGUUUGAAGCCUUUAUAAAAGCUACCACUACCAUCUCUAGAUUCUUUUUAAUUCUUAAUCCAUUCUUGAAGUAUUGUUACUCAUUUGAGAUUAUUCAGUUAGUACUGCACAGUUACAAGUGCUGGGCACUGUGGGCUCUAGAGAAGAUGAAGCACAGAGCCCCAAUCACUUAUGUGAUAUUUGUUUCCCAUUAAUAACUGACUAGGAGGGACCAAAGCCAGAAAAGUGUGAAAAAAACUUUACUUCAGGGCCAACAUUGUCUAUUUAGACAACUUUGUUUGAGCUAUGAUCUUAACUCUUUUUCUUUUGGUGCUGGGGAUUGCACCCAGGCCCUUUGCUAAAAGCACAAACUUACCACUUAGCUACACCCCAGCCUGGUCUUAACUAUCUUAAACCAGAACAAUAUAAUCAAAACUUUAGAGCUAGAAGAGACUAUAGGUCAUUGAGUAUAAUUCUUUUUUUUUUUUUUUUGGUACCGGAGAUCGAACUCGGGACCUUGUGCUUUGCAAGGCAGACAGCAAAACCACUGAGCUAAAUCCCCGGGCCUUGAGUAUAAUUGUUCAUUAGUUUAAAAACUAGAAAACUGCAAAUAAGUAAACUACAGCCUUCAAUACAUACUAUAGGUCUCCUUAAUUCUAUAAAUUCAUAACCCAAAAAAGUUUUUUAAAUUCUUAAAAAAUCUCUUGUAUCUCAAUAUUUUUAAACCAUGGAUCUAUAUAAAUCUUACCUUGCUCAAAUUUUCUCAACUUAAAGUAAUUGUGGUUCCAUACCAAAAAUUUUGGUCAUUAGAAUUACAUGAAAUCAACUAUUUGCCUGCUAAAACUUAGACUUUGAGCUUCUUAAAGCCUUCUAGCCUUUAUUAAUCGUAUGUAACCUUAAAUAUAGAGUUAACUUUUUUUUUAGAGUUAACUUUUUAAUUUAGAAAUGUACAACAUGAUAUCACAUAGUCCUUAAAUGCUUAUUUUAAAUCUAUGCAGAAAAUUGGCUGAGAUAUUCUGAAGGGGAACAUCAGUGUCACAUUUACCAUUUUUCAAAAUCCAGAACUUAAAAAGGGAUUGUCUGAAGGGUUAUUUUGAAAGUGGAAAAACUGCUUAAAUUACUUAUGUGUCUGAACCUCAGCAGAAACUUUUCAUGUGAUCUUCACUACUAUUGAAAAAGAAGCAAGAUGAUAGGUUUAUUUUGUGAAGGGAAUUACGUAUGGAGAAUUAUGUAUGUAUUUUUAAAUGAGAUUUUGAUGUUUCAUUCCACCUGAAUUUCUGUUUUUGAAUAACCUUUAAAAAACUGAGUUUUGGGGGCUGGGGAUUUAGCUCAGUGGUUCCAGUGCCUGCCGCGCAAGCGCAAGGUCGAGUUCGAUCCCCGGUACCAAAAAAAAAAAAAACAACUGAGUUUUUUUAAGGCUUUAUCAUUUUUCGACCUGUUUACAACUUUUUUUCAUGAACUGUCAGAAAUUAGUGAAUAAUGAAUACUUUCCAAAUAUUUAAGUACUUAAUGUUUUAAAAGCCAUAAAUGAAUAGAGGUAAUACUAUCAAUUGCUUAAAACUUAAAGCUAAGUUAUCAAUAGUGUAUAGAACAGAUACGUUUUCUGGGGAGAUGUGAAUCUAGUAAUCCAAGGUAAGAAGUUUAUAUAAUUUUUCCUCAGUAAAUACAUAAAGAAGCUAUAGUUUGUUAUUCCUUUUCCAGAAUACACUAGAGCCUUACUUUAACACAAUGUACUGUAACUUGGAAUUUGUCCUGAGUCCCACUCAUCAAAAAAAUUGUAGUCAUCAGAAGGACCAGUGUCUUAUAUAUUCACAUGGUGUAAAUUCUGAAGACCACAUUAUGCCAGUACAUUACUAGAGUAUUCAUUGAGGGAUGGCCAAUGCUAGAACUUGAAUCAUAACUAAUAGCUAAUCAUUUUUCAGGUCUCAAAAAAGAGAUCAUUUGGACAGCUGUACAUAAAAUGGAAAAUAAAAAGCUACUGUUUUACAUGAAUAGUUCAGACUUUUCUGUGCCAGAGCCAAGUAAUAACUAAAAUUAGAAUCUUAAUUUUUUGUGGUAAAAGGUCCAAGGCUCAUUUAAUUAUGUUCCUUUCUAUAAGAUUUUGUAUCCAAGUUUUCCACUAAGUAUUUUCAACUUUUGAUAAUGUAAGCAACUGAUAUAUUUAUUGUAUUAUAGGCCGACAAUUCAUCUUUCUUCCAGAUAUACAUUUAGAGAAAUGUGAAGUUGUUUGAAUGAAAAUUUAAACCAUUUGUGUCAUUGUGUGCUUUCAUAUUGAUGAACCAACUUAUGAUUUUGAACCUAUUUUUCCAUCAUUGACUUGUACCAAUACUUAUACUUUUCCUAUAAAGUUGAUGAUGGGAUUUGUCAGUUCAAUUUUUGAAAAAAAAUACUGAUAUGACUUUCAUUAAUAUUUUUAUAGUUUUCAGAAUUAGAGAUACAGUUAGGAAGGGAAAAGUUUUAGAUAACUUCUUUAUGUGUCUGUAGUAGUGUACGAUAAGAUAGAAGCAAAAUAUGAAGCAUUAUUAGUUCAUUAAAUAUUUAUAAUAAUUUUUACUUUUGCCUAUAUUAUGAAUUUAACUAAAAUAAAAUGUGAGUUGUAUAUUUUUUAAUUGAGUUGUUUCAAUAGUUGGGAGCAUCCUGCAACAACAUACUGAUUUUGAACUUUUUGAACUUGAACUGAGUAUGAUUUGAAAAUAAAUUAUGAAUAAAUUUUAAAUAUCUAAGC